CUUACCCUAUAUAUAUUUAUAUAUAGCCACCCACCAUAUACAUAUAUAUUACCAUCAUUCUAGCUUAGUUGUCUCUUUUUCAUUGACACACUCUCACACAUGGAACCUGAGCAGUAUCUUCCUUCUUCUCUCUGCCUAACCAGGUGGUGGUCGAAGGAGACGGUGGCGGUGGUGACCGGAGGGAAUAAGGGAAUAGGGUUUGCAUUUGUGAAGCGUUUUGCGGAAUUGGGAGUGAGUGUGGUGCUGACUGCUAGAGAUAGCCAAAGAGGGGAGGCUGCAAUGGAGAUUCUCAAACAACAAGGCCUUGCUCCUUACGUUCACUUUCUACUACUCGAUGUUGCUGAUCCACUUUCUAUCUCAGCCUUUGCAUCCUCCUUCCAAGCCAAAUUUGGAGCCACCUUGGAUAUUCUUGUGAACAAUGCGGGGGUAUCAUACAAUGAGGUGGAAGAAAACUCGAACUCGGUGGAGCAUGCGGAAAGCGUGAUGAAGACAAACUUCUACGGUCCCAAGUUGCUGAUUGAGGCUCUCUUUCCUCUCUUUCGUUGCUCUUCUUCUGUCACCCGUGUUGUCAACGUUAGCUCAAGGCUUGGCUCUCUAAAUAAGAUAAGAAAUGCAGAGAUAAAAAAGGUGUUGGAACGGGAGGAGUUGUCUGAGGUAGAGAUCGAGGGGGUGGUGGAGAUGUUCCUGGGAGAUGUGAGAAACGGAACGUGGGAGAGGCGGGGUUGGCCGUCGUAUUGGACGGACUACGCGGUGUCGAAGCUGGCUUUGAAUGCUUACUCGAGGGUGUUGGCCAAGAGAUACUCGUUUGAAGGAAGUGGAUUGAGUGUGAACUGUUUUUGCCCUGGUUUCACUCAAACCUCCAUGACUAAGGGAAAGGGCACCCACACCGCCGACCACGCCGCCGCCGUCGCCGCCACCCUUGCCUUGCUGCCACCGCAUCUCUUGCCCACCGGGAAGUUUUUUUCCCUCCGAAACACCACCACCUUCAUCAAUGUUGCUUCUAAAUUAUGAUAAAUAAUGUGUUUGGAAACUAAUUCAAUUCUAUACUAUACUAUGAGGUUGAAAAAAA